GGCAGGGCGCCUUUAAAGCCGAAUGGUGGAGCUUCCCCUCCGGCGCGCACGGAGCGGGUCCUCCGACGGGGCGGCCAAGCGGUUCUGCUCCGGCGCCGCCAAUUGCGAGCUCGCCAAAGCGCGCAGGCGGCGCAGGGCUGCGCGGCCGUCGAGGGCGCCCGCUGCUUUCGCAGCUUUCGCUUUUCCUCGCUCCUUCCACGUGACGCCCUCGCCCGCCGGGCUCUUCCUCCGCGAUGAGUCCCGCGCGGCUUACUGAGUACGUCGCCGCGGGCAGAGCCGCAGGAGGAGGCGCCCAGCCCCCGUCUCCGCGCGGCAUGGCGCUGGGCUACCUGCGCACGGGGGAGACGCUAGUGACCAGAAGUAUGAUGACGCAGCUGGAUAUGGAUUUUAAAGAAGAACAGUCCCUAAAGGAGGAUUUAAAGUUCUACUUCAUGAAUCCAUGUGACAAAUAUAGAGCUAGACGUCAGAUACCAUGGAAACUGGGACUUCAGAUUUUGAAGAUAGUUAUGGUUACUACCCAGCUCGUCCUAUUUGGGCUGAGUAACCAGUUGGUGGUUUCUUUCAAAGAGGAGAACACUAUGGCUUUCAAGCACCUGUUUCUGAAAAACUACUCUGGUGUUGAUGAGGAUGACUACAGCUGCAGUGUGUACACACAGCAAGAUGCUUACGAUAGCAUACAUUUUGUGGUUGAUCAGUACCGGCGACUGAAGAAUAUAUCCCUGGGUACACUUGGUUAUGAGCAAGAUGAAGAUGACUUGCGAGGCUUAAAGAUUUGUAAAGAGCAGUAUAAGAAAGGCACAGUACUUUCCUCCAAUGAUACACUGCACAUAGACAGCACAGUUGAUGAAGAGUGCAUUGUUGUGAAACCACAGGACGAAACGGGCCACUUGAAGAAUUCGUCUUUUUUCAACUUUGAGUUUUAUAGGCUGAUACAGGUGAUAAUCUCAUUCAAACUGAAAGGCAUUGAUUUACAAACCAUCCAUUCUCGUGAACUGCCUGACUGUUAUGAGUUUGAAAAUACUAUUACUUUUAACAAUAGAGCCCACAGUGGUAAAAUGAAAAUAUUUUUUGAUACGGAUGCUGAUAUUGAAGAAUGUAAAAACUGGAACAUAACUGGCUCUAUUCAGAAAAACACACAGUAUCUUUUGGUUUUUGAUGGGGCUGUCAUUGUGAUCUGCAUCGCUUCCCUUAUCCUCUGCACACGAUCCAUCGUUCUUGCUCUAAAACUGCAAAAAAGAUUUGUGAAUUUCUUCCUGGAGAGAUAUAAUCGCCACGUGUGCAACGCAGACCGCCUGGAGUUCUUAAACGGGUGGUACGUCCUGGUGAUUAUCAGUGAUGUGAUGACUAUCAUAGGCUCCAUCAUGAAAAUGGAAAUAAAAGCAAAGAAUCUUACAAGCUAUGAUGUUUGCAGUAUUUUGCUUGGCACAUCUACUUUAUUCGUUUGGGUUGGAGUCAUCCGGUACUUAGGCUACUUCCAGACCUAUAAUGUGCUCAUUUUAACAAUGCAAGCAUCAUUGCCCAAAGUGCUAAGGUUCUGUUGCUGUGCUGGGAUGAUAUACCUCGGAUAUACUUUUUGUGGCUGGAUCGUUUUAGGACCAUACCACGACAAGUUUGAAGAUCUGAACACGGUAGCCGAGUGUCUGUUUUCUUUGGUCAACGGCGACGACAUGUUCGCUACAUUUGCUCAAAUCCAGCAGAAGAGUACUUUAGUGUGGCUCUUCAGCCGACUCUACUUGUUUUCCUUCAUUAGCCUCUUCAUAUACAUGAUCCUCAGCCUUUUCAUCGCCCUUAUUACGGAUGCAUAUGAUACAAUAAAGAAAUACCAACAGAUCGGUUUCCCAGACACAGACCUACAAGAAUUCCUAAAAGAAUGUAACAGUGAGGAAUACAGCACAGAGCCACGAAUGCCCAGGAGUUUCUGUUGCUGCAAGAGACGGAAAAGUGAUGACAACUUGAUACUUAUUAACUGAAGAUGGGUGGUGCGGGCAUAAAUUCUUGCACAUGUGGAGGUAACUGCUGGGAAAAGCUUGAGCCUCCUGAACUGCAGUAGAACCACUGCCAUGUCGUUCUCCCCCCCCCCUCUAUGAACCAACGACUACAACUUUAUAAAGAGAAGUGGUGGAGUCGUCCUGCAGUCCACAGCUGGAAAGCUCAAAAGCUGUACAUCUUGAGCUAGCAUUUCAUCAACAGCGGAUGGCCAUUUCUUGCUUCAGUUGUAAACAGCUCACUUUGCAAGUCAUGGCCAAUGAACUUCAGAGGAUCAGUUAUCAUUUGGCCACUUCUUGAUUUGCAACCUGCUUUCUAGGAAUUUUUAUAUUAAAAUAUUUAAAUGAAACUCA